CCGCGCAGUGCAUGCCGAAACUAGCCAUUGUGCGUCGGUGCGUGUGUGACGCGCGUGGGACGCCACGUCGUAGUCGGAGAGCACGUGCCGCGAGCGCUCGGCAUGGUCGACAGCAACACCGUCAUCGAAGGCACCGUCAAGUUUCGAGAUGGCAAAAAGUGGAAGUCCCGCUGGUGUGUGAUGAGAAAGCUGUCCCCAGUCGCAGACUGUCUGCACCUGCAGCUGUACCGCGACAGCAAGGAGAGAUACAAACAGGGCCAGACGAAGGCCUCUCUGUCUCUGCAACAUUUCCUCGCUAUUGAGACAGGGUUCACUUUAGACAAAGAAUCGAAUACGAUAGCAAUAAUUUGUCAAGACGUAACUGUAAUUCUGGCGUUCGAUACAAGAGAGAGGUUAAUGCAAUGGCAGGUGAAGAUAUCCAGCAACUUAGGAGAAGACGUUCAGUUCCUCAUCCAGAUGUCGUCGGCGCCUCCACGAGCCAAGAUCGCCGCUGGACCCGCACGCCUUCACGUCCAGGAGCAGCGCUUCUGCCUGACUUCUGGCGUACCACCCAGGCUACUCGGCUUCUGGGACAUCAGCCAGCUCAGGCGCUAUGGCGUGGUGGAGGGCAGGUUCGUGUUUGAGGGUGGCUCCCGCUGCGGGAAAGGCGAGGGAGUGCACGUGUGCGUCACGGACCAGGGCGACGAGAUCACCAGGACCUUCCAGAUGGCAGCCCAGGGCAAGGUGGCCACCAGGAGGAGGCCGCGGAACGUCUCCGCGGCGAGCAGUCCGCGCCGCCACCGCCAGCCCACCGACGUCAUCAGCGCCGAGGCGCUGCAGCAGCGCCUGCUGGCUGCAGAGGGCGCCGCCGCGCCGCCCAACGGCAGCGCCGCCUGCUGCGGCCUCUGCCAGCACGACGUCUGCGCUCUCUCCCGCCAGCCCAGCACCGAGAACCUCGUCUGCCACUGCAGUGGCUUUUCGGUGCUUACAGCUAUGGGCCUGGACCGGUGCGUGAGCUGCAUGAGCAAGCUGGGCGCCAUGUCUCGCUCGUCGACGGCGACCACGUACCCCAACACGCCGGCGCAGCCCUUCAGCCCCGCCUGGACCAUGGAGCCGCCCGCCGAGCUGGAGGAGCCGCUGCCGCCGCAGCAGCAGCCGCCCCCGCCGCCUCCGGGCAGCAGCCAGUCCGAGUACUGCGUGCCGCGGCCACGCCUGCUCAGCCCCACAUCCUCCUCCAGUACAGCCCCCACCUCUGCGGCUGCGCCUCCUGCCAGCGGUCAAGCCAACGCCGGAGGCCACCCUCCCCAGCCCCCUUGCAGGUGCUGCCAGUGCUGCCCUCCGAAGACGACGGAGGGCGGCGACCGCGCGGACUCUCCGCCCGGCGGCUGCAAGGCGCGCCUGCGGCCUCUGCCCCUGGUGGCGACGCACCUGCCGCAGCAGCCGGCGCGCCGCCAGUGCAGCUGCUCCGUCCUGCGGACCACCGUCGCCGUCAUCGAGCACCACUCCGCCGCCGCAGACCCCUCGGCGCUCUACGACACGCCCAAAGCGCUGCUGCCCGGGCCGCCGCUCAGGGACGACGCAGGGGAGACGUACGACACGCCGCGACAGGUGCGCGAGCGCCUCGCCAUGGCGGACCACUACGACGUGCCGGCGUCGGCGCGGCCCGCCAGCUGCCCCUGCCACCGCGUGCUGUCCUGGGUGCGGCUGCCCUACUGCCGCAGGGGCAGCGGCGUCGACCACUCGGCAACCCAGGUACCCAUCACCAGGGUACCACUCAGCGGUCAGGGAAAGAUGCCAGUCGUCAAUCAACGAGGGGAAAUAGCGAUCUACGCAACGGUCGACAAGUCUAAAAAGACGAAUAAGCGCCUCCGAGAAGCGGCCGUCAGCUCGACGACGCAAGAUGGAGUCGCACCUGCUGCAUUACCGACGGCGGAACAACAGGCUUCAAAGGCCGACUCUGAUGUCAACAAUUACGUCAACGUAGACGGGGGCGUUUGUCAAGAAGACAAUACCGAUGGCAACAGUACGCUUCCCAGUUUUGACGCGACUAACUACGAGAACAUCGACUUCGCCCAUUCACUUGAGUACUACGAGAAUUCUCGGGAUAUCCUGUCGAAGGUUUCAUUGGUUGCUCAGAGCGGCGACCAGAAUUCCAGUGACAGUGCCCUCGAUGACGGUAUUCGAAAUGGUUUGACUUCCUCAGGGGAAGGAGCGGUGACGGUCUGUGCGAAAUGUGGUCACGAGUGCCCCGACACUAUUGCCGACCACCCUGACAAUCAGAACGGUAGCAAAGUGAAUCCCAGUGCUUCUCUAGCUACGUGUGAAGGAAAAGUUGCGAAACCCGACGUCGAAGACGAUUAUUUGAUGAUGGAACCGUCGAAGAAUGGGCGUGCGGGAGAAAGUGGAAACACCUUGGAGGCCGUCAGCGGUACGACGAAUGGCAGCUUCCCAGGCUACCUCCCUAUGUCCCCUAUCACGAGUGUCAACUCGUCCAGCAACAAGAUAGAGACACUGAAACUGCAGGUGGACCACAAUUCCUUAAACUGCCCGUCGGUUGAGAAGUCUGUGAGUGUCCCCAGCCUGCUGACCGGUGAAAUGGAGCGGUGCGUCAGGAGGUGCGACUUCUCGUGCCAGCGGGUGGUGUGCGGCUCUACGGUGACGGUGGUCCACCACCAACAGGUGUUCCACCAGCACCACCACUACAACGGCGACAGUCUGCGGCGGCACCUGCUGACGCCCAGCGAGGAGGCGCGCCACCGCGGCAGCUUCGCCUACAGGAAGCGCUCCAGCUCGGCGGACUCGUCGAGGUACCUGGACGAGUUCGAAGAGCGCGACGGCGGCGAGCACGACCGGCCCAUCUCCACGUCCCAGUCCAACUUCUGCAUCCCGACAGCCCAGGACGAGCCGUCGCAGACGCCGCCCGUCCCGCCGAAGAGCAGUGCGCUGUCGAAGCAGACCGCGAGUGUGGUGUGUGGUGACGGCUCUAAAGCGGAGGGCGUAGUGUCGCCGUUGAGUGGCAUAGUGAACGUGACAAGUGAGCAGGAAGUGUUACCUAAAGUGCACAGUGCGAAGCGCGAGUCCCGGGUUGUUGUGGAACCGGCUGUCGAGGUUACGGAGUGCAGCACAAUGGAGUCUACAGACAGCCCAGCAGCGGAUUCGGACGCACCAGCGGUGGCCGUGCCUGCGGUGGGCCUGGCGCCCCGGGUGCGUCGCUCGUCGAGCCUGGCGCAGGCGGCGGGCAACCGCGACUCGUCGAGCUCGAGCGACUCCGGGGUGUCGACGUGCUCGUCGCUGCUGCUGGUGCGGCCCGCGGCGGCCGCCACCACAACGGCGGCGCGCGACUUCGAGCUGCCGCUGACGACGGCGCUGUCGAGCCGCAAGCACCAGCAGCAGCGCCUGCUCGACCAGCUGGACGGCGAGGCCUGUCUGCACGCCUCCCUGCCGCGCCGCUCCAAGUCGGUCGACCCGCUGCGCGACAUCUCCUUCCAGUUCCACCGGGACAGGGCCCGGGACGCCCCCAAGUCCACCUCCGCCGAGGCCGAGGUGCCUGUCUGCCUCAAGAACAGAGGUUUCCAGAGCCCCGGUGGAGACAGCGCCAUCGUGGUCCCGUACCCAGACUCCCGCUCGACCAGCAGCGGCACCUCAGACAUGUCUGACUACAUCGAGACGCUCUCCUUGUCCUCGCACAGCUCUUCCGACGUCACGGACUCCAUUAGGCUGGGAAGGCAGGCGACGACGAUGCUGCGGCCGCGGUCAGGGAAGGAGUACCAGCCCAUCAACCAGUCCAUCCUGGAGAGGGACGUCGCGCUCAACUAGGGGGCCCCACCGCCACAUCUUGCUCAACGACAGCCGAACCGUCUUCUCGCAAUAACUACGCCCUACUCGCCAGUUUUAUAGCAUGGAACCGCUUACUCUCGCAAUAAUCUGAUGAGACCUGCCUUUGUACUAGUCUACUUUUGCGAACGGCUUCGGCUGUACCUCGAAGUCGUUCGUGACAACUCCGAUAAGACUGUCAAAACUACAAAAAAUAAUUUCUUCCAUUUUAUUUUCAUUGUAUGCAUAAUGUAAAGUGUGAAUAUGAUGUAAUUCCUUCUACUAUGUAACGUGUAUAAAGAAAGUCAUUUUUCUUCAUGUGAUAAGCCAUUUUCAACUCGUGUCAGAUAUUUAAUCAGGACACACUG